UUUGAAUGAAAGAGUAGAACAGUGGCCUUAAAUAUAAGCACUAAAUUCGUAUUUCCAAGUUGAUUACGCAAAAUUAUUUAUUGCACACAACUCAAGCGUUUAAACCAAAUGGAGGCAAUUCUUCAUCACAAUAAUAAAGAAUUUCACUAUAAAAUCUCAAGAGGUAUCAUCUAAUGAGAUCUAAAAGAAAAAAAAAAAUUUGCUGGUUUUUCUUCCUGUUGAAAAAUGUUCUAUGCAAACUUCAUUCUCUCCAAGAAGGGACCAUUGGCUCGUGUUUGGCUUGCUGCACACUGGGAAAAGAAGUUAAGCAAGGCACAUGUGUUUGAGACAGAUGUUGAGACUUCAGUUGAGAGCAUUAUGUCGCCUAAAGUUAAAAUGGCUUUACGAACAUCUGGACAUCUCCUACUAGGCGUAGUGAGGAUCUAUUCACGAAAGGCUAAAUACUUGCUUGCUGACUGUACAGAAGCAUUUGUGAAAAUCAAAAUGGCCUUUAGACCUGGCCUUGUUGAUCUUCCAGAAGAUGGCAGAGAAGCUGCCAUGUCUGCUGUAACACUUCCCGAAGUUUUUAAUGAUUUUGAUCUUCCUUUGCCUGGUCUUAAUGAUUUUGAUGUCCAUGUUCAGUUCAACCUGAAUCAAUGUCGUGCUGAAGAGAUCACAAUGAAAGAUGAUUUUGUCAUUAUGCGUUCUUUUGAGGAUGAAGGUUUUGGUGAUGAUGUUACAUUUGGUGCAUCUAAUGAGAGAGACGAGACGCUUCGUGAUGGUUCUGCACUGGAUGACUCUUCCUUUGUUCAAUCAAAGGAUCGCUCAAAGAUUUUGAUUGAUGAGUCUGGUGAUGGCUCCAAAUUGACCAAGAAGCAAAAAAUAGGUUUCCAUGCAGAAGAUCCCCUCAACAAUGACAUAUUUAAUGGAUUACUUGGUGGAGAUGGAUUUGGUGAUGAAAUGGGAGAGGGUGUGCUACCUCCCCUUGAAGAUCUUCCCACACUUGCCGAAAUUGAUCUCUCAUUGGAUCCUAUACAGGAGUCGGACAAGAACAAUGAUGAAAAAAUGGACGUGGACGAGCCACUUGAAAAGACAAAGACAACUGAUGUGAAUGAUGAAUCACCUGAUCUUACAGUGGGUGAUGUUGAAAAGGGUAAUGAAACGACAAUCGUUCAAAAUAACGAAGAAGCUUUUGUUUUGGAACCCAUCGAAGUUCUUGGCAAAGAAAAAAAGAGUAAACGAAAACGAAAACUGAUUGUCGAUGUUGAAAAAAUACUUUCGAGUAACAUCAUCAGUAGUCAACUAGCUAGUACGGAGGAUAUUGUAAAACCAGCCACACUUGCUCCUCCCACGAAAAUGAGAAUGAAACUGAAAGACUCAUCAACGACAGAUAAACUUUUCAAUAAUCCUAAUAUCAACAAUAUCGCGCCAGUCCUACGUAAAGCCCUCGUGCACAAUUUGACGUCGAAAAUUGUCGAUGCUCCAGAGCCCCAAGAUGUUGGUGAGAGAGUGGAACUAGAAGAAAUUGAUAGCCCUCGAGAGGAGGUUCACCAAGAAGAAACUACCGAAGAAAAAAUUAAGAGUCCCAUUUCUCCUCGCAAGCGUAAAUCAAAGCGUGAUAGUACCUACUCACCUUCAAAAUCAGUGUCAUCUGUAUUUCAAGCUAAUAUAACUAACGAUGGCGGUUAUGAGCAACACGGAGAAAUAGAAGACCCUAUUAUUCCAGAAGAGGAGGUUCGGGUGGAUUUUGAUAAUAAUAUCGAAGAUGAGAUAUCUCAAUCACAAAUGGACGACGAGCAAAUGACUGGAGAGAAGUACGAAGAGUUGCAAGAGAGACGAUGGACGAAACGAACUCAGCAACUUAUGUACACCCUUAAACGUGAGCUGAAAAAACGAGACAGUAUUGCUCUUGAUGUCUUGUGUAAACAGGAAAAUCGCAAGAAAGUUGCUUGCAAAUUUUAUAGCUGUUUGUUGCUUAAACGAGAUAACGAAGUGGAAUUGACGCAAGACAGUGCAUUUGCAAAACUCUACAUCUCAAAAGGACCCUCGUUUUAUUCCAAUUAAACAAGUCAUACAAACAGAGGAUGUUCGAGACUCUUAUUUUUUGUUGCUUCAUUAGGCCACAUUUAUUAGUUUUUAGAAUAAUUUAAUUGUUUUAUUGUAUAUUCCAUGCUAUGAAAUGUAUAUGUAUUCAGCACUAAAUUUGCAACAUGUAAAUAUGACGUUGAAAAUGACAUAAAGUUUUGCUAUAGUUAAAUUGAGAUCAGAAAUUAAAUGAGAUAGAUCUACAA